CCUGUGUAGUUACAGAUGGGCCUCUUCUAUUCUGCAGGUGCAAACAACAAGAGAAACCAUAAGAAUCAGAGAGUGAAGAAGCCAGAUUACAAGGUCGCCUACGUACAGCUGGGUCAAGGGAAAACCUUUCAGUUUCCCAACCUAUUUCCAGAGAAAGAAGACUCGGAAGCUGAGGCUUUUGAUGACUUCAGGAAAACGUUCAUGGAGAAAGAGCAGCAGAGCCAGAAGGGUGACCCCAGACGAGGUGGAGUCCCCGAUUGGUUUGGACUUUGAUGCAAGAAGCCAGCUGCCUUUCUUUAGGCCCAGAGGGAUUUUAAUCAGUAGAACUUCCACUCUUCUCAUAAUGACUGCGGGUUUAUCCUUGAGCAGUGCUUGCUAGGGUGGUUGUUUUUUUUUCCUGGCUGUUUAUGCUCAACUGCAACAAAAUGGCCUUAAAGAAAUAAAAAGGUAAAAUAAAUCUGACUGCAUCAGA